AUGGGUGUUGGUGAAUGCGAGUGGCCAAUAUGGCAAACUGAUGAUCUGACGCAUUGUUUCCAGCAUGACUACCUGAGAAUUCUCCUCCCGGCGACUGUCAUAAUCUUGUCGUUUUUCAACCUCGGCUUCCAGAGCGUUUACCGAGCCGCCGGCAGGCUAAAACGGGGGAAUGAUUCGUAUGCGCCGAUCCCGGACCGCGACAAUGCCGCCCGCCAGCACACCGACCUCCCGCCCGACGAGCCGCUCACCGAGAACGCCGACGACGAUGAGGGCCUGGCCAUUAACGGGGGCCGCCUGACCCUCGUCAAGACCACAACCAGGGGCUCCAUUGUCCAGGCCGAUAAGCCCCCUGCCCAGACCCUUUCGAUCGUUGUCGAAGAGCUCGCGAUCGCCGGCUUGGUCGCCGUCAAUGCUAUCGCUCUGCUCAAGCGGGACACCUCGCGCCCCUCGCUCACCCCCGCCGUCGUCGGUCUGGCCACCUGGGUCUACGUCCUCGUCCUUGCCUCGCUCCGCCUCUUCCUCGGAAACACGCAAUGGCGGGUGCCGCACCUCUGGAACCACACCGCCGCAAUCUACAGCUGCCAGUGGCUCUUCACCAUCGCCAUCUUCCGCUCCGUCCUCGUCCACCCCAUGUCGCAGCUGAGCCAGGUUUUGGUGAUUAUCGAGUUCUCUCUGACGACUCUGCUGUUCAUCAUGGCAAUCACCACGCGCAAGGGCAAUAAGACGGUCCUGCUAGAGUGGGAGGAUGGGAUUCCGCCCUCGCGCGAGAACCUUGCGUCGCUUUUCUCGUCCUUCUCCUUUUCUUGGGUUGAUUCCAUCGUGCGCCAAGGCUACAAGGAGCCAUUCGAGAUGGACAAGAUCUGGAAUCUGCUGCCCAAGGACAAGGCCGCCGCCGUCCUGUCCCACUACCGCCAAGUCAAGAAGACCUCGGCCCUGUCCUUCCACCUCCUAAGCUAUUUCAAGGCCAUGCUGAUUUCCCAGGCCGGCUGGGCCGUCCUCUCAGGCUUCUUCACUUUUGCCCCUACCAUGCUCCUCAAGGCCAUUCUGGAGUACGUCGAGAACCCGGAAAGCGCGCCCCGUAGUGUCCUGUGGCUCUACGUCAUCCUGCUUCCCGUUACCGACAUCGUCCGCUCCUUUGCCGAUAACCGUGCGCUGUGGAUCGGCCGCAAGAUCUGCAUCAACGCCCGCGCCAUCCUGAUCGGCGACAUCUACGCCAAGGCGCUGCGGCGCAAGGCUGCUGCCGGCAAAGACACCGUUCUUGGUGCCGACAAGAAGGAUGAAGUCAAACUUGGCAAGCUCGCCAAAAUCAAAAGGAUGCUUGGCCUGGGCGGCAAGGACGACAAGAAGAAGGCCGCCGACGCCGACGCGAGCAAGGGCGACAAGAAGGCCGAGGAAUCAGAUGAGCAGGCCAACCUCGGGACCAUCAUCAACCUCAUGUCGGUCGACAGCUUCAAGGUGUCCGAGGUCACGGCGUACCUACACUUCCUCGUUGCUUCCGCGCCCACGCAGCUACUGGUGUCCGUCGUCCUACUCUACCAGGUUCUUGGCCUGAGCGCCAUCCCUGGCUUCAUCGUCAUGGCGGCUCUGCUUCCCAUCAAUAUUGCGUUUGGGAAGGCUUUCAACUCGACUCAGAAGACUAUCAUGGCUGCUACAGACAAGCGGAUACAUACCACCAACGAGAUCCUUCAGAACAUUCGCAUCAUCAAGUACUUUGCCUGGGAGCACCGGUUCAGCAACAUAGUCGACGAGAAGCGCAAGGCAGAGCUCAAGGCCCUCAGGGCGCGUUACAUCGUCUGGGCGUGCGCUGUGGGGGCUUGGAACACGGUCCCGAUCCUGAUCACCUUUUUCUCGUUCCUGGUCUACACCAUGAUUGAGAAGAAGCCCCUCUACCCUUCCAUCGCCUUCACGUCUAUAUCGCUCUUCAUGCUUCUGCGCUACCCCCUGGAUCAGCUUGGUGACAUGCUUGCCCACGUCCAGGAGGCCAAGGUUUCGGUUGACCGUAUCGAGGAGUUCCUUACCGAGGAGGAAACGGACAAGUUUGAGCAGCUCGGCGAGGAUAAUUUGGACGAGAAUGGAAAGCGCGUCGUCGGUUUCCGGGAGGCGACCUUCAUCUGGGGCGGCAAGGAUGUCGUUGCUGAGGAUGGCUCACAGGCGUUCCGACUGCUCGACAUCGACAUUGACUUCCAAAUCGGCAUGCUCAACGUUAUCACUGGCCCCACUGGAUCCGGAAAGACUUCGCUGCUCAUGGCGCUGCUUGGUGAGAUGACUCUAGUCAAAGGGCACGUGUUCCUUCCUGGUGGCAGGAGCCGCGAGGAUGUGCAUCCGGACCCCGAGACGGGGCUUGCCGAGACGUGCGCCUAUGUCGCCCAGCAGGCCUGGCUGGUGAACGCAAACAUCAAGGAAAACAUUCUCUUCUCGGCGCCCUUCGACGAAAAGCGGUACCAUGACGUCAUCAUCGCCUGUGCUCUCGAGCGUGAUCUCGAGAUCCUCGACAAUGGCGACGAGACCCUGGUGGGCGAAAAGGGAAUCACGCUAUCGGGCGGUCAGAAGCAGCGCAUUUCUCUUGCACGGGCUGUCUACUCCAACUCGAAGCACCUCCUCCUCGACGACUGCCUCAGCGCUGUUGACUCUCACACGGCUCAGUGGAUAUUCAAUAGCUGCAUCAAGGGCCCGCUCAUGCGUAACCGAACCUGCAUUCUUGUUUCCCACAACAUCCCGCUUUGUGUGCCCCAUUCGGACCACGUUAUCGCCAUGACCAACGGCAGGAUAACAAGCCAGGGGACCCCUCAGGACAUGAUCGCGUCUGGCGUCCUCGGCGAGGAGAUCCAGGCCGCUCAAAAGUCGAAGCCCGGAACCCCUAACAUCUCGAGGAUUCCUUCGCGCGUCCCCUCUAGCAUCGGCGAGACGAGCGGCGAUACGGUAUUCGAUGCCAAUGGUGGCGAUCAUCUGUCCAAGCCUCAAAAACCCCAGAAGAAGCAGGAUGCCAUGGAUGAAUCCAAGGUGACUGGCGCUGUCAAAUGGUCCGUGAUGAAGCUAUACCUCAGCUCUAUGGGAUCGUGGUGGUUCUGGGCCGUUGCCAUGGUCGUCUUCAUCCUCCAGCAGGUCAGCGGCGUUGCCUCCAACCUCUGGAUCAAGGAGUGGGCGAACCAGUACACCGAGGAGGUCUCCAAGAUCCAGUUCAACCCCAACUCGCUUUCCUACGGUGCUCAGUCAUUCACCCCCACGUACAUGGCCUCGGUGUCUACCUAUGUCAAGGAUCAGCUCACGAUGAACUCAAACGCUACCGCUCUCCAGGUGGCCAUGAACCCCGAGGUCAAUGUGCAGUACUACCUGGUGGUGCUGGGGAUUAUCGGUCUUGCAGGCGCCCUGACGGCCUUCAUCCGCGACCUCUGGAUCUUCUUUGGCUCCCUGGCGGCCUCUUGGAAGCUACACAGCCAGCUCAUGGGCGCUGUUUCGAGGGCCAAAUUCAAGUUCUUUGACGUCACCCCCCUGGGCCAGAUGAUGAACCGGUUCAGCAAGGAUCUCGAAGCUGUCGAUCAAGAAGUGGCCCCCAUCGCCAUUGGAGUUAUGAGCUGCGCUCUUGGCAUCCUUGUCACAGUGACUCUGAUCGCCUCUGUCACACCUGGGUUCCUUGUAUCUGGCGUGUUUAUCACGGCCGCUUACGUUUUCCUCGGAAGGUACUACCUCGCCGCUUCGCGCGACCUCAAGCGGCUGGAGUCCGUCCAGCGCAGCCCCCUGUUCCAGCAGUUUGGCGAGACCCUGAGCGGUGUCACCACGAUCCGGGCGUACGGGGACGAACGGCGAUUCGUCCGCGACAACAUGGCGCGCAUCAACGCGCAGCUACGGCCGUUUAUCUACCUGUGGGCAGCUAACAGGUGGCUCGCUUUCCGGACGGACCUUCUGGGCGACCUGGUCGCCUUCUUCGCCGGAGUGUUUGUCAUCCUCAGCAUCGGCGUCAUCGAUGCGGGCUCUGCAGGCUUGUCGCUGAGCUACGCGAUCGGGUUCGCCGAGAACAUCCUCUGGCUUGUCCGGCUCUACGCCCUGAACGAGCAAAACAUGAACGCGGUAGAGCGUGUCAAGGAGUACCUGGAUGUGGAGCAGGAGGCAGAGCCCAUUGUGGAGAAGAACAGGCCGCCGCGAAACUGGCCUAGCUCCGGGGCGGUCGAGUUCAUAAACUACACGACACGCUACCGCAAGGAACUCGACCCCGUCCUGCGGAACCUCACUUUCAAGAUCGAUGCGCACGAGAAAGUGGGCAUUGUGGGCCGAACCGGGGCGGGCAAGAGCUCUCUUGCCCUGGCCAUCUUCCGCGCACUCGAGGCAGAUGAGGGCAAGAUUCUCAUCGAUGACAUCGACAUUGGUCUGAUUGGCCUCCGCGACCUGAGAGAGGCCAUCACUAUCGUGCCGCAGGAGCCGACCCUUUUCAUGGGUACGAUCAGGUCCAACCUGGAUCCGUUCCAGCUCUUCACGGACGAGCAGAUUUUCAAGGCGCUUCGCCGCGUGCAGCUCAUCUCGCCUGGCGAGUCGACGGGCGGCAGCAGCCCGCCGAGCCCCGUGGAAGCCGUGCCAGAAGCCUCUGACGGCUCGGCCAGCCCUACAGCGACGGCACCGAGCGCCAACAAGAACGUCUUCCUGAACCUCUCUUCACCCGUGUCCGAGUCCGGAUCAAACCUUUCGCAGGGUCAGCGGCAACUACUCUGUCUGGCGCGGGCGAUGCUCAAGGAGCCGUCCGUGCUGGUGAUGGACGAGGCCACGGCAUCCAUCGAUUACGCGACCGAUUCCAAGAUCCAAGAUACGAUCCGGGAGAUGAAGGACGCGACCAUAAUUACCAUCGCGCACCGCCUGCAGACGAUUGUGGACUACGACAAGGUCCUCGUGCUGGACAAGGGCGCCGUCGUUGAAUACGGACAUCCCUGGGAGCUGAUGCAAAAGGGAGAGGGCGGAAGCUUCCGGGGCAUGUGUGAUAUGAGCGGCGACUAUGACGUGCUGGCUAAGUCGGCCAAGAAAGCCUGGGAGAUCAAGAAGGGGCAGGGGACACUUAUUGAUAUCGAAGAACCGGCUGCCAGCGGCGAUGGGGCGGCUGCGUCAUAG